AUGGCAGUAGACAUGGACAUCAAAGAGCUUAUGGUGAUAGGAGAUUCAGAUUUAUUGAUCUUACUGCAAGGAAAAUGGACCACCAAGAAUGUCAAAAUCCUUCCUUAUGUGCAAUGUAUUAAGGAGCUAAGUAAAAGGUUCACGAAGAUUGAGUUCAAACAUGUCCCUCGAAUUCAAAAUGAGUUUGUUGAUGCCCUAGCGACAAUAUCUUCAAUGAUUCAACAUCCAGACAAGAAUUACAUUGAUCCCAUCAAGGUGGAGAUACAUGAUCAACAUGCAUACUGUAAUCAUAUGGAUGAACAACCAGAUGGAAAACCAUGGUACUAUGACAUCAAAAGGUUUCUCGAAGCAGGAUAA